AUGUCGGUGCCGCUGCUCAAGAUCGGGGCCGUGCUGAGCACCAUGGCCAUGGUCACCAACUGGAUGUCGCAGACGCUGCCCUCGCUCGUGGGACUCAACGGCACCGUGUCCCGCGCGGGCGCCUCCGAGAAAAUCACUCUCUUCCAGAGCCCAGAAGAGGGCUGGCAGCUGUACACCUCGGCCCAGGCCCCCGAUGGGAAAUGCAUCUGCACGGCCGUGAUCCCCGCACAGAGCACCUGCUCCCGCGAUGGCCGGAGUCGGGAGCUGCGGCAGCUGAUGGAGAAGGUCCAGAACAUCUCCCAGUCCAUGGAGGUCCUUGAGCUGCGGACGUAUCGUGACCUCCAAUAUGUGCGCAGCAUGGAGACACUCAUGCGGAGCCUGGACGCACGGCUCCGGGCGGCCGAUGGGUCCCUCUCGGCCAAGAGCUUCCAGGAGCUGAAGGACAGGAUGACGGAGCUGUUGCCCCUGAGCUCGGUCCUGGAGCAGUACAAGGCGGACACGCGGACCAUUGUGCGCCUGCGGGAGGAGGUGAGGAAUCUCUCUGGCAGCCUCGCAGCCAUCCAGGAGGAGAUGGGCGCCUACGGGUACGAGGACCUGCAACAGCGGGUGAUGGCACUGGAGGCCCGGCUCCAUGCCUGCGCCCAGAAGCUGGGCUGUGGGAAGCUGACUGGGGUCAGUAACCCCAUCACCGUUCGGGCCAUGGGGUCCCGCUUUGGCUCUUGGAUGACCGACACGAUGGCCCCCAGUGCGGAUAGCCGGGUCUGGUACAUGGACGGCUAUUACAAGGGCCGACGGGUUCUGGAGUUCCGCACUUUGGGAGACUUCAUCAAAGGCCAGAACUUUAUCCAGCACCUGCUGCCCCAGCCCUGGGCGGGUACGGGCCACGUGGUGUACAACGGCUCCCUGUUCUAUAACAAGUACCAGAGCAACGUGGUGGUCAAGUACCACUUCCGCUCACGCUCCGUGCUGGUGCAGAGGAGCCUCCCGGGGGCGGGCUACAACAACACCUUCCCCUACUCCUGGGGCGGCUUCUCCGACAUGGACUUCAUGGUGGAUGAGAGCGGGCUCUGGGCCGUGUAUACCACCAACCAGAACGCGGGGAACAUCGUGGUCAGCCGGCUGGACCCGCACACCCUGGAGGUCCUGCGGUCCUGGGACACCGGCUACCCCAAGCGCAGUGCCGGCGAGGCCUUCAUGAUCUGCGGCGUGCUCUAUGUGACCAACUCCCACCUGGCCGGCGCCAAGGUCUACUUUGCCUAUUUCACCAACACGUCCAGCUACGAGUACACGGACGUGCCCUUCCACAAUCAGUACUCCCACAUAUCCAUGCUGGAUUACAACCCCCGCGAGCGGGCCCUCUACACCUGGAACAAUGGCCACCAGGUGCUCUACAACGUCACCCUUUUCCACGUCAUCAGCACCUCGGGGGACCCCUAG